UCAAUGACGUGGAUUUUCAUUGAGGCAGUCAGUGCUGCCAAAAACACACAUUAACCAACGUCUCAGAGCUCUCACACCAACUUUAUUCGCAUUUAGAAGUUGGGACCAGUCGUUUUAUUUCCUUCGUUUGUCACACUUCAGCGCAGUUUUGUCACCGCUGUGAUAACAGUGUGUCAGCUCAGACUCCAGGAUGAGCAAAAACAACAAAGCGUUGAACCUGAGGGAUAAAAUCAGCGGUAAUGAAGUGGACCUGAGCCUGUGUAACCUCACCGAGGUGCCAGUCAGAGAGCUGGCUUUAUUCACCAAAGCAACUGUUGUGGACUUGUCUUGCAACAACAUUACCUCCCUCCCUCCAGAGUUCUGCAACCUGACCCACCUGGUGAAGGUGGAUCUGAGUAAAAACCAGCUGACCUGUCUGCCAGAUGACGUGGGGAACCUGACCAGCCUUCAACAUCUGGACCUGUACAACAACAAGCUGACUGUGCUACCUGUCAGCUUCUCUCAGCUCAGGGGUCUGAAGUGGUUGGAUCUGAAGGAUAACCCGCUGGAGGCCAGCUUGGCCAAGGCAGCAGGAGACUGUCUGGAUGAGAAGCAGUGCAAACAGUGUGCCUCCAAGGUUUUGCAGCACAUGAGAGGUCUUCAGGAUGAGGCCGAUCGUGCACGAGAGAAACGCCUCUUGAGGGAAAAAGAGCUGGAAAGGAAGCGGGAGGUGAAGCAGAGGGAGCGGGAGGCCAGAGAGAAGGAGGCACGUAAACGGGAGAAAGCAGAGGAGAAGGAGAAAAGAAGGAAAGAGUACAACGCUCAGAUGGCAGCUGUGGCUGCACGGGAACAACAGAAGAAGAAGAGCGAGGAUAAGAAGAAGAAAAAUGGACAAGCAGCAGCAGAUAAAAAGGUCGUUGAGGAAUCAGCACCUAAACCCCGACGCUCUCUCAUUGGCCUGAUGUUCAAGCUCCUUCUCCUGCUGCUCCUGGGAUUGGCCGGAGUUGCCGCUGCCUGCCGACUGACCGACUUGCAGAAGGAAGCUGUGUGUGUGCCAGUCAACGUCGCCCUGGAUGACAGCCUGUCCUGGGCCAAAGAGCAGGAGGGCGUGGUCAGACAACUGGUGCAGAAUCUGUCAUCUGCAGCAAAGGAGUUCCUUGAAUCCACACAAGCGCCUAAGAACUAAACUUUCUCAUCUGCCGCCAUCAACUUCCAGAGCUGCAGGUUUUCCACUCCCACCUGUGAAUCCUGGGAUUUUUUUUUUUUUAUGCUGAAAUCAUGAAUCUCAUUAAUAUGGGCAAGGCUGCGUCCCCUCACCCUGUCUGUGGUGGUGGGAGGUGAAGAGUCUGUACAGAUGGACAAAGGGGGAUGGACAGAUGUGUUCAAAUCAUCUUAGAUUCCUAUGGAAUUGUUGUCGCUCUUGUACCCUCUUUGUACUACAGCCUGUUUUUAAAAAAAAUUCAUCGUCUUAAAUGUCUCCCCUUCGACCAUGUUCUGCACUUUAACCAGGUUUAUAUGUAGGUGCAUGACGUGGAGCGCGGGGUGUAUUUAAGAGGUGUUCAGUGAAAUGUCAGCUGGCCCUGUCUGUGCUGCACUAGAGUGUCGAGUCACAUGUUAACUGCCAGUCAGAGUUGUACAUAAGCUGGUGUCAGAUGUGGCAGUCUGAGCAUGUGCAGUGAAGGCUGUGUGAAUGUAGAGCUCACCCGUCUGUGGCCUCCUCUGUCCAUAAAGUCUUACAUCAGUCAAACCAGCUCAAUCUCACAACGUCUGGCAUGCAAACUAGAGCCCAACUGAUACAUGAGAGCAUCUCUAUCAUAUCACACAUAUAACAGCAUCCAGCACAUAUCGGCUAACCUACAGCACUACAGAAAUGCCAAAGAUAUGUUCGAGGUCAUUGAAAGGUCCAGUUUGUAGGAUUUGGGGCAAUAUGUUGGCAGAAAUGGAACACAAUAAAAUAAAUGUUUUCUUUGAGUGAAUAAUCACCUGAAAAUAAUAAUCAUGUUUCUGUUGAAUGAGCUGUUUAUAUCUACCUAGGGAGCGUUUUCUCGUUUAUGGAGAUCACCAUGUUGCACCGCCAUGUUUCUACAGUAGCCCAGAGCAGAGAAACCAAACACUGCCUCGAGAUCGGGCGAUUGCGUUCAGGUCAGCCACCGUAGUUAGAAGCCCAUCUGUGCUGAAAGGUGAAGGGGGAAAAAAAUGAAUCAAUGACAUGAAACUGCUUUUUUCAGUGUUUUUGCCAGUUUAAAUCAAAUUUAAAAAAAAAAAAAAAAAGCAAAAGAAAAGGUGAGCAUGUGACAGCAGGUGCUGCGCUAGCGACCCUCCUCACUAGUUAGAAAUUCAUCUGAUUAGCAGUGACGGAAAAAUGCUAAAUUGUUCUUGAAACUUCUUUAUUUAGUGUUUUUAUCAUUUAAAAUCACUGGGUGCGCUUGUUUUGGAGAGGAAGAGACCUCUGCUGAUUAUUUGAACUAUAAACACAGAAAUUCUAACUGGGUGAAGUUUCAGCUGGUUACAGUCUGCAAUCCUCUCCACUAGGUGCCACUAAAUCUUACACACUGGACCUUUAAAAACUGUUGUCUUUACAUUAUUUGUUCAGCAGAGAGCAAAAUUUACAAAUGUAGUUAUUUAUUAUUUUAUUUUAUUAUUAUUUCAAUAGAUUAAUUGACUCUCUCUCUAAUUUAAGAAAAACAUAUUAACAUAACAGCCAAUAAAUCAUCUGAUUUAACACAAUUAUUUAUCUGUAUUGGCCUCAAAAAUCAGGUAUCAGUAGGGCUCUAAUGUACCCCCUCCGCUCCGCUCCCCACUGCGCAAACUAUAUUAAAAGGACCAUACCAACAGUUUUGCUUGUGUUCUGAAAAUUGCUAUGUGACAUUUCAACUUAAAUCUGCAGUUAAACAGUAAACAAAAACACUGGAGCUUCAACACUAAUAUAUCCAGACUUGAUGUUCACUGUGGUGGAUCACUAGAUUACACACCUGAUUUUUAAUACUACACAGACUAAAUGGAAAGCAGUUGCUGCAUGGAAGGCAGGACAAGUACAAAAAUAGCAGUAAAAAGUUAUCUGUAAUAAAUUAAACUUGUUUUGUUGUUAAAGGGGGUAUCUCGUAAAAAUGGUGGUAUGGUCCUUUUUUCAGAAGUGCAGUGGUUUCAGUAUUUAACUUCACUUUCCCCAAAUCAUCUGUUAUAAUAAGGACCAACGGUUGAUAUUAAACUAACAAUCCAAAGUCUGCAAUGCCUUUCUUCUUGUAAUCUGUUCAUGAAGAGAAACCGGCCAAAUAUUUUACGGUUGUUUCAGAUAACCUGAUGACUCUUGAAAUGCAACUUGUUUUCAUUGUCUGGGCGUCUGCCUCUGCUGCUGUGGUUCUUGUACAGCUUUGUCCACGCUCUAAAACACUUUCAGCGUUAAUAAAUGGCUAUGCACUGCAAAAGA